AUGGUUCCCUUUGCUACACGUCGAGUUCUGAUUGUUGUCGCCCUUGCGUGCACAGCGUUGCUUCUGUUGUAUCAGCUACAUGGCAAUGCCACAACACCCCCUCCGCAGUCAGGCCCCACGAGUGCAAGUCCACCACAGGCUACAUCCUCUCGCCAGAAGCCCAAUGUAUCAGCGCCCAACUCGUUCUGGAAAUCCCGGCAAACGCAUUACCCUCUUCAAGCACUCAAUCCUCUUCCCACAGGCAAGCCGAAGCAGCUACCCUUGGUGCAGCAUCGAUUUACCCCCUUGACCAUUCAGGAUGUGGAGGUGCAGCGCAGCCGGCAGCUGCAGGUCAAAGAGGCGUUCAAAAAGUGUUGGACUUCAUAUCAUGAAAAGGCUUGGAUGCGAGACGAAUUGUCGCCAAUAUCUGGUGGCGGCCGUGAUACGUUUGGUGGUUGGGCUGCGACUCUCGUGGAUGCACUUGAUACCCUCUGGAUCAUGGGGUUAGAAGACGAGUUCAGAACGGCUGCCUCAGCUGCCGUCAAUAUCGACUUCUCGACUUCCACAGAUGAUACGAUCAACGUCUUUGAGACCACGAUCCGCUAUCUCGGGGGCUUCUUGGCUGCUUAUGACCUGAGCGGCGAGAGACAACUCUUGACCAAGGCUGUUGAAGUCGGAGAGAUGCUGCUUGUUGCCUUCGAUACUCCCAACCACAUGCCAAUAACUCGCUGGGACUGGAAGAAGGCUGCUGCUGGCAUCGAGAAGCAACGAGCGCCGGAUUUUAUGCUGGUCUCUGAACUUGGAUCACUAUCAGUAGAGUUUACCCGCCUCAGUCAACUUACCGGCGACCAGAGAUGGUACGAUGCCAUUGACCGAAUCGCAACACUCUUUGACCAGCAGCAAGGCAAAACAAGGAUUCCGGGACUCUGGCCUGUCGUCGUCAAUCCGCAGAACCAAGACCUGACCGUCGACGGGGGCUUCACCCUGGGUGGCAUGUCCGACUCGUUGUACGAAUACUUUGCCAAAGAAUACGUUCUUCUCGGAGGUCUUGCACCUAUGUACCAGAAGCUGUAUGAGCAGUCCAUGGCUGCCUCGAUCGAGCACCUGUUGUUCCGUCCUAUGACUCCGACAGGCGCAGAUAUCCUAUUCGGUGGCGACGCUCGAGUAGAUAACAACGGUAUUGUGCAAGAGCCAAGAGGCCAACACCUUACGUGCUUCGCAGGCGGUAUGUUUGCCUUGGGCGGCCGCAUCUUCUCCAAUCCCGAGCACGUCGAGAUCGGUCGGAAACUUACGGACGGUUGUGUAUGGGCUUACGAAAACAUGCCUAGGGGUGUUAUGCCUGAAAUCGUACACUUCUUACCGUGCCCUUCGAAGACUAAUUGUGCAUGGGAUCCCCAGAGAUACGACGCUGCGGUCCUCGAACGUGCCGGUCCUGCGUCAGCAAACAGCAACAUCGACGACAUCGUUGUUCAGAAGCGGCUUCCUCUGGGCUUUACCGACAUCGAUGAUCGUCGCUACAUACUCCGACCGGAAGCGAUUGAGAGCGUUUUCAUCAUGUAUCGCGUUACAGGCGACAGAAUGUACCAGGAGAAAGCCUGGCAAAUGUUGCAGUCAAUACAGAACAUCACUACGACCGAAUUCGCCAAUGCUGCUGUCUCUGAUAUUACUGCCACUGGUGUUGACGGCUUGCCCCCAAAGGAUGAUCGAAUGGAGAGCUUUUGGCUGGCCGAGACGCUGAAGUAUUUCUACCUGAUUUUUAGCGAACCAGACUUGAUUAGUCUGGACCAGUAUGUUUUCAACACGGAGGCACAUCCCUUGCGACGUCCUAGUUGA